AAGGCGUAACACAGAGACCGAAAGAAAGAGAGGGUGACACUCUAGAAGAGACAGGGUGAGAAAGAGAAGAAACUGACAGCCUCUUAGAUCUAAAAAGUGGUUGAAGAUCUGUUUACUGGGUUUCUGAAUUUAAAGGCAAGUUUUUGAAAGCCAGAGUGAUACAAAGGAACAGGUCAAGAUGCCUAAUUUUGCUGGAACCUGGAAGAUGAAGAGCAGUGAAAAUUUUGAAGAACUCCUCAAAGCGCUCGGGGUGAACGCUAUGCUGAGGAAGGUGGCCUGUGCUGCAGCCUCUAAACCCCACGUGGAGAUCCGCCAGAACGGCGAACAGUUCUACAUCAAAACCUCCACCACUGUGAGGACCACAGAAAUUAACUUCCAGAUAGGACAAGAGUUCAACGAGGAGACCGUAGAUGGGCGCAAGUGCAAGAGCCUGGUCACAUGGGAGACAGAGAACAAGAUGACCUGUAGGCAAACCCUUCUGGAUGGUAACGGCCCUAAGACGUACUGGACACGAGAGCUGAGAGGGAACGAACUCAUUCUGACCUUUGGGGCCGAUGAUGUGGUGUGCACACGGAUUUAUGUACGGGAAUAAGCACUGGAUGGAGGGAUAUUCCAGCACUUGCAGCUUUGGAGGAAUAACAUUUUGUUUGUGAUUAACUUGCACUGUUGUGUGUUAGUUGAUACUUUCUGACUUUAUCACCAUUUAUGUUUAUUCAGUUUAAUCAUUAGAUUCAUUUUUAUAAUGUUUUUAGUCAGGCCUGGCUCUCAAGCUCUAAGAUGAUUUAAGGUGGCCUGGACAGUUAGUUAUAUUCAUGGUUAUAUCUGACAAACAUUCUUAGAACACUUGUAAUGGUUUACUGCAGCCAUGUCUAAUGAUCUUUAUUAACUUUUUUUUGUAGUCAUUGACUGUGCAUGGAAUAAUAAAGACAUAUAAUGGUUAAUGA